AUGGAUCCAUCUAAAUAUUAUCCUGCCCAUAUCAAAUCCUUAAUCAAAGAUCUUCAAAACUGCUCUGACCCAUCUGAAAUUCUUAAAAAUUACAUCUCUCAUCUCUCCUCUGACACAUCUCUCUUCUAUAUAUUUCUUAAUCUUGGCUAUAUGCCUCACCAAGGCACUUUUAAUAAGUCGAUAACCGCAAAUGACGUGCUUUCUCAAGUAUCAUCAGAGUACCAAGACCCAAUUCAGAAUGAGCUUGAAUCAAUUACCCCUAAAAGCAACCAAUAUUCGCCAACAUCCUGGGAGAUUUCUCGAGGAGUUAAAGAUGAAUUUUUAUUUAUUUUUAUAAAAAUAAAAUUAUUACCCUAGAUAGCUAAUAGUGAAUUUAAAAAAAAUAGGCUAAUAAUUAAUAGAGCCAGGGGCUGAUUUUUAUAAAAUGAUAUAAAAACAUUUUAUGAAAACCGCAUUUAUGAUAUAUCAGAACCUUGCGAAUUAGGACUAGGAAAUUAUGAUGCAAGAGAAACCCUAGACUUUGAAGAUAACUCAUUAAGUUCUAUGUGGGCAAGUAACACUUGUAUGACUCCAGUUUCAACUUAUAAGCCUAUCAUGAUGUAUACACCUGAUUCUCCACAACUUAUUUGCUCUGAACAAAGCACGCCAAGGCUGAAUAAAGGUCUUCGUAUGUUAAGUGUCAGAGUAAAAGAUAUACGUAUUAUAAAUAAUUAUAUAAAAAUAUUAUUAUAUAAGCACUUAAUUAAGUUACACAUUAAAAAGUAUAUCAUUUCUCGCAAUGGUUUUGGAUCAUAUAAAGAAGUUGCUGAUGAGCUAAUGAAUGAGCUUGGCGGACGAGAAGGGUUUAACAUAAAACGUGACGAGAAAAAUAUUUUGCGAAGAGUUUAUGAUGCUCUUAAUGUUUUGAUAGCUUCAGGAAUAUUAACUAAAGAAGGGAAAAGAUACUAUUGAAAAGGUCUAAAUAGGAAUAUAAUUUCUGAUGAAAAUAUUAAUAUAAAAGACUGUGUGGACAAAACGAAAAAGAAAGUGCAAGCUAAAAAAGAAGCAUUAAAAGAGCUAUCAAAUAGAUAUUAUUCUAUAAAAGCUUUAAUAAACCGAAACAAAAAAAUGCUUAAGAGCGGCAAUAUAAUUCCAUUCCCUUUUAUUAUUGUAGGGAUAGAAAAAGAAAAGCUUAGAAAUGUAAAGCUUAUAUAGAUUCAAAUUGAGAGCAAUAAUGAUAAUACAGAAGUAAUACUCAGGUCUCAAAAACAAUAUAACUAUAUUUUUUUUAAUUGAAUAUUUUCAUUGUAGCUGAAAUUUAUAGUAUAAACUACUGAUAGGAAAAUCAAUUAUAUGAAGUAUAUUUUUGGAGACUCUGAUAUUCUAAUUAAACUAAAGUUCCAAGAGCUUGCCUUGCAGAACUCUGAUAUCCCAGAUGAAGUUUGCAAUCUUUUAGGCUUGAAAAAGCCAAUGAAAUUUGUGAAGAAAAUAAUUUUGUAA